CAAGUCAUCACGCUGACUCCGUCAACGAUAGACCGGGCCAAAACCGUGACCGUCACAAGGACAGAGAUUCGAGAAACCACUAUGACCGCCACCACGACGGCGACUGCUGUCGUGACGAGCCCGACGACGCUGCGAGAAGUCUCAACCACCACCGCACUCGUCACUCAGAUCAUCACGAAGACGACCACGGCGCCUUGCUCAUCUCUCAGCUGCCCCAAGAUCACCUCUACUGGUACCAUCUGCAAGAGCUGCUUCGUUGCUCAAUGCACUACUACUUCGUACAUCACGAGAUCCUGCGGCUGCCCUGUUCUCUCAACUACAUCCGUCGACUUUGAGUGUGGUGAGGCUGAUGUAUGUAACAAGAUUGGGUGCAGGACUGUAUAUGCAGUUGCAACUCCUGCGUGUUAG